CUUCGACAAAGACAAGCAAAACGUUGCAAUCUUUGAUCUCCGAUGAGCCAAGAAGUUGACGAACGCAUUGCAGGAGUGUCCAGCUUUGUUCUGCAGUCCCCUCCUGGAGAAAUCAACGACGUUCUUAACGAUGUCCGUGUCAUAGUCAACGAUGACGAGUCGUUAGAACAGGGGAUCCUGCCUGCUCUUCGAGACUACAACUUGGCACAAUUCAUCACGGUCGAUGUACCAGGUACUUCCUAUCAGACAAUCGUGAGCGAUAUUGCUCGGAUAUCAUCCGACGACGAAGACGAGGAACGGUUUCUCGAUCCCCGUUCAAAGACAUCCUUCAGGUUUGACCAUCUUCGCUUGGAGGCUACAGAUUCGAGACCUGAAGAAUCAGAUGCUGAAGCUGAGCCACUGCGGACUGCUCUCGAGUCAUCUGCUCUGUCGUAUCUCGCUGCACACUACCAUGACGGAGUGGCCGCCGUAUUUUCCGUGCAACCUCCCAACCAGUUUGUCGUCCAAAUAGUCGCGAACAAGUACAACCCAUCCAACUAUUGGUCAGGCAGAUGGAGGUCCCAUUACCAUAUCGACUUUGACACCAAGAUGAUUCGAGGCAAAAUACUCGUGAACGUCCACUAUUACGAACAAGGAAACGUUCAACUGGAGACAUCGCAUGAUCUGGCAAUACCGAUACCCCCAGCGGUCGUUAACGCUGAACCCAGCUCCGCCUCUUCCAAAAUUCUCGCGCUUAUCGAUGUUGAGGAAAGCCGAUUGCAAACAUCUUUCAAUGAUGCAUACCAUGAAAUGGCUGAGAAGACAUUCAAGGGCCUUAGGCGCGCCCUACCGCUCACUCGUCAGAAGAUAGACUGGGACAAGGUACUGGGAUACAAGCUCGGAGCAGAACUAACAGCAGGUAAAGGUGUAUUUGCCGGCUCAUGAAUAGUAGCCAUAGCAUCCUUUCCGUACUUGUCAUGCUUUGGUGUCCGUUUAAAAAUUGCCAGGAAUCUGUAACCCUGCGGUCUGGUCGUAAACCUGGGUGGAUAAUUCUAUCCUUACAUGGGUAAAAUUUACAUCGCACACCUGGGUCGGGCCGCAGAUAGCCUACACUGCAUGCAAAUUACAUUACAGCUUCGCCC